UCGGGCAUGUGUGAUCACAAAGGACAAUGUUAAGUUCGGAGUAAACAUAUGAAGAAUGGAUACAGCGCGUGACACGAGGAUUUAAUUAUAAAUGGUCGAUUAGUCACAGCCCUCACCCUCCAUUGUUGGGGAUCGACAUACUUCACGAGUUAAUGAGUGAAAACGUUAACUGUCAUUACUUGCAAGUCGCUACAUUUGGAAUCAGAACUUACAAUGACGUCUUUGAACAACACUGCCAGUGUAACUUUGGUUUUCACUGACCCGGAUGUCCUACUACAUGAAUGGAACACUAGACUAGCACUUUUGUUCAUUCCUCUAGACGUCCUUUUCGUUCUCACUACACUUUUGGGUUUCUUUGGAAACAUGGUAGUGUUCAUUGUCUACCGAUUUUGCAUGAAAGGAAAAAUCAACGACCGGUUCUUCAUUCCGUUGCUUGCCAUAAUGGAUGCCUUUGUGUGUCUCGUUGGGCCGAUUAUAUCACUUAUACUCAGCAUUAGACCUGUGACUUUCUAUGGGGAUGCUAUCUGCAAAAUGUCAAUCUUUGUUUUCCGAGUCAUGCUUAAUUCUUCAGUUCUACUCAUGCUAGUGAUAGCUAUUCAGAGAUUCCGAAAGGUAUGUCGUCCUUUUGGGAAAAAAUACGACUUGAAGCGCUGCAAAAUUGAUGCUGGAAUAAGCAUAAGUACAGCUAUCGUGAUGGCCAUCCCUCAGCUGGUUUUCUUUGGAGAAAUUCCAAUACGGGAGACAAUACAAAACAUCACAGUGGUUGGGUACCGAUGUGGACUUCGGACAGAGGAGUCGGAGCUGAUGAAUAUCACGAUAUACUACUACCAGGUGCUCUGUUUCGUUGUUGUUGUAGCUAUUUUAAUAGCCCUAAUAGUGAUGUACUCGUGCGUGGGUCAGAAAAUAUACAUUCAGACCAAACGGGUGGAGAACUCGCGGGCUAGCAGCAUGACCUCUGGCUCCGAGAGCGACUGUCAACCCACGUACUCCCCAGCAAAUAGCUGUAACGGCGGACCAAGGCUUCAAAUACCAGAGAGAAAAACACCAACCUCAGAAAGUGACCUUUCAACCAGACAAAACUUGAUGAGCCCUAAAGGAUCCCGUAGGUCACGUGGGUCUUGCAGUUGUCCUACUUCGCCAACCUCACCCACUGGCAGCAUGUCAAAGCCUCAGUUCAAACAGAAGCGCGCGCGGUCGGUAAGCAGACGAUAUACAAUCUUGUUCAUGGGGAUCUCUAUAUUCUUCGUGGUGUCCUACUUACCGACACUUUUGGCCAACAUGUUCUCCAAGGAAAUGUGGGACGCUCCGUCGUUUUGGAUUAAUAACUCGGACGAACAGAAACAAAUGUAUACAUACUUGUUUUUUACUUACUUCAUUAACCAUAUCGCAAAUCCGUUCUUUUAUGGGUUUUUCGAUUCGUCGUUCAGGCGAAUGAUAGUGAAGUCUUGUCGAUGUAGGUGUUUGGAGUAUCGAUUUGGAAAAUGAUAUAUAGUUUAUGGAACUUUAGACCAGACGACAACAGAUAAAGAAGAGCCUCUUACGUUCACGCUCAUUGUAUAUAACUGAUGCAUUCGAUAACAUACGUAGGUUAUAUAUCUGUGAUUCACUCAUUGUAUAUAACUGAUACAUUC